AUGAAAGGAAAGAUGGGCCCCGAACCGAUCAUGAAGGACGUCGUACUGAUCGGAGGAGGGCACGCGCACGCUUAUGUCUUGAAGAGCUUCGGCAUGGAUCCGAUGCCAGGCGUGCAAGUGACGUUGAUAACGAGGGACGUGGAGACUCCCUACUCUGGAAUGAUUCCCGGGCACGUGGCAGGUUUCUACACCAAGGAAGAGUGUCACAUCGAUUUGAUCAAACUUGGGAACUUCGCGAAGGCAAGAAUAAUCCACGGUGAAGCGUACGGGAUUGAUCCGGAAAAGAAAAUCAUCAGGAUCAAGGGAAGGCCAGACAUUCCUUAUGAUGUUCUGUCCAUCAACAUCGGGUCAGCUCCGAAACUCGGGGACUCGGCCAACCAGAUCCAAGACUCUCACGUGACGCCCGUCAAGCCCAUCGACGGGUUCAGUGCAAGGUGGGAUUAUAUCGUGUCGAGGGCGAAAGCUCUAGGGGAUGCGAAGGAGGGCAUCCGGCUGGCUGUUGUUGGAGGUGGAGCUGGAGGUGUGGAGCUUGCACUGAGCAUGCAGUCUCGACUUCGACGGGAAUUCAGCAAGUUGGGUGCAGACCCAAAUCUUGUUGACGUCACUCUCGUAUCCCGAAAUGAUGUUGUGAUGCCUUCUCACAGCAAGAUGGUACAGAAUAUCUUCAUGAAACUGAUGAAGGAAAGAAGCAUCAAUCUUGUGCUUGGCAAAGAAGCGGUUGAAGUAAAGAACAAGACAAUCAUCUGUAACGACGGCACUCAAGUUGUCUUCGACGAGUGCGUGUGGUGCACACAAGCAGGAGCUCAGUCCUGGCUCAAGGAGACUGGAUUGAAGCUGGAUAAAGAUGGCUUCAUUGAAAUUCAGGAGACUCUUGAGUCAGUGAACACCAAAGAUGUUUUCUCUGUUGGCGACAUCUCUACCAUGGUAAAUCAUCCCCGUCCCAAGGCAGGAGUGUUUGCUGUCCGUGGUGGCCCUCCUUUGACUCGGAAUAUUCGGAACAGAAUUCUUGGAAAGCCUCUUGAGAAGUGGAUUCCUCAGAAGGACUUUCUCGGGAUCAUUGGCACUGGAGAACCAUCCCAGUGUGUGGCUUCCAGAGGCACUUUGGGUAUCGAGGGAGCAUGGUUGUGGGAGCUCAAAGACUGGAUCGAUCGGACCUGGAUGACAGGAUACAGUUCUCGCUUGCCUCUCAUGGAGAUGGAAGAGGACCCUCCCUCGCAGGUUGCCGUUGCCGCUGGUCCAGAAGCUCUGGCUGCGCUCGCCCAUGCAUCGAUGCGGUGCGGAGGCUGUGGAGCCAAAGUAGGAGCAACAGUCCUCUCCAAAGUUAUGAACAGAAUCCGAAAGGAAUUUCCGUUUCCCAACAACGAUGUUGUUGUGGGUCUGGACGCUCCCGAUGACUGCGCCAUCGUCAAGCAAGAUCCUCAAGGACGUGCGCAAGUUCACACGGUCGACUUCUUCCGCUCCUUCAUCAAAGACCCCUUCCUGUUCGGCAAGAUUGCCGCGAACCAUGCUUUGAGCGACUGCCAUGCCAUGUGUGCAGAGCCAAGGACCGCGCUUGCCAUCGCUGUCGUCCCAUUUGGGAUUGAGGCGAAGGUCGAGGAGACUCUGUACCAGAUGAUGGCGGGAGCAUGCACAGUCUUGGCAGAGAGCAACUGUGUGCUAGUGGGAGGGCAUACCUGUGAAGGUUCGGAGCUCGCAUUGGGGUUCUCGAUUAACGGGCUUGUUCAAUGGCCAAAUGGUGCUCUCACCAAGAACGGCAUGAAGGAUGGAGACGUUCUCGUCCUUACCAAACCGAUCGGCACUGGCACUUUGUUUGCGGCCGACAUGCGCAGUCGAUCUAAGGGCGUGUGGAUCGCCGAGGCCCUCAAGAGCAUGUGCCUGUCCAACAAGGCCGGAGCAGACAUCCUCAAGGCGCAUGGAGCAACCUCCUGCACUGACGUGACCGGGUUCGGUCUGCUUGGCCACCUGUGGGAGAUGACGAAAGCUUCCAGCUCCAACGUGGAGCUGGACCUCAGCUCGAUCCCCCUGCUGCCUGGUGCCAUCGACUGUGUCAAGAACGGGAUCUUUUCAUCCUUGCAACCCGCAAACGUGCGAUUGAAGCGGUCGAUCGAGAACGAGGCGGAGGCGCUGAAGCAUGAGGCAUACCCUCUCAUCUUCGACCCGCAGACAUCGGGCGGCCUCCUAGCUACCGUACCGGCAGCCAAGGCUGAGCGCUGCAUUCAAGCACUCCGAGGAAGCGGUUACGCUUCGAGUGCUGUGGUAAGACUCAACCUGACUGUCUCUCUUUUGCUUGACAUCCCUUGGCUCAGAUCGGCCGAGUGCUCAGCGCUGGCACCUCAGCUGGUUCGAUCAGAUGUGUUCCGUGAGCACUUUCACCUCGACAUGAGAUCUUAA